AUGGAAAAUAUAUCGGAUGCAGAUAAACAUAGCUUAAGCAAAUCUGAAACAGAAACGCUUGACGAAGACAAAGCAGAGCUUCUACGGAUCAGUAAAAAAGUUAGUUUAAUGCUAUAUGACUUAAAGGUGAACAAAGAAAUAGCCGAACAGAACAGACAUAUUGUACAAAAUGCGCGAACAAAUGCCAGAGAUAAUAUUAGAAAGUUACGGAUGGAGGUGAAUGAUUUCUUUAACAAACUAGAAAAUGCAGUGGAUAAGAAAGUUGAAAACAUGAGAAGUGAUGAUUUUCAGACUCUCUCAAUACUUUCUUCGGAGAAUGAAGACUUAAAUAAGAAACUUGUUAUUAUCAGUAACUACAUUGACAAACAUAUAAAAGAAGGAAAGGUGGUUACAGAUAUUGAUAAAGUAAGAAAAGAAAUAAGAGAUCUUGAAACGAGUAUAAGAAAGUUGAGUAUUGAUAACAAUGUCCACGAAUACACAUUUGAAGCGGAAGAGAGAAUCAAAGACAUGAUGAAACACGUCAAGCGUCUAGGUGAUCUUAUUCUCGAAACAGAAAAGAAACGAACAGUAAUACGAAUGUCUGAAAUCAGUCUAAAUGAUAAAUGUGAAAAUGAACGGCUGAUACCAUUUCUAUCUGGGUUAGCGUUUGUGUCUGAAGAUCACAUAGUCGCCACAGAUUAUGAAAAUCGAUGCAUUAAGCUAAUCAGUGUACCAGACGACAAAAUAGUAUCUGUACUUCCGGUAUUGACAGAACCCUGGGACGUAGCAAAAGUAAAGUCAGAUCAGUUGGCCGUCACACUUCCAUUAAAGAAGAAGAUACAGUUUCUAACUGUAAAAUCGACUUCUCUUGAGCAAGUGUCGGAAAUAAAUCUCAAGUCGGAGUGUCGCGGUAUAGAGAGUAAACGCGAAAUGCUGUUUGUUUCAUUUAUCGAACCAGCAAAAGUUGAAAUAAUCGACUUAAAAGGACAUGUGAAAAAAAGUUUUGAGUUCGAUGAAAUGGGGUAUGAACUGUUCAGCUGGCCGGGUUAUAUCGCUCUUUGCCCGGAAAAUCCCGGAAGUUCGAGGAGUUACAUGUAUGUGUCCGACAAAGAUCGGAAUACGGUCACGUGUCUUUCUGAAGAGGGCAAGGUCAUUGCUGUAUAUGGAGGAGACGUUUUAAAAGGACCACGUGGUGUGUCAGUCGACAAUGGUGGACAUGUAUUUGUGUGUGGUAGGGCCUCAAAUGAUUUGUGUCAGAUAAUGGUAAAGUCAGGUAAAAUAGAAUAUCUACUAGAGAGAAGUCAAGGGCUGAAACAACCGCACGGAAUUGUGUGUCACGGGAAUCGUGUGUUUAUUAGUAGCUGUGGAGAGAAAAAUAUUAAGAGUUGGGAAAUCGUUUGA